AUGAGAAAUUCUAAACAAAAACGAAAACAUUUGAAAUCAUUUUCUAAAACAAUUUCAACUGAUAGUUCAAGAGUUCAUUCGGUACAGGACAAUCAGCAUGUUUCAAUUCCACAGGUUUCUACACUGCUUAAUAAACUGCGUCAGGAAUCUCGACCUAAAAACAACCAAAGAUCAACUGAGACGUUACCGACACCAGCAUACAAAUAUUUAAUGAGGGAUUAUUUAAAUCAAGUUGAAAGUGAACAGAGGGAAAGGAUUGAAAACGAUCUGAGACUACGUGUAUCAGGUCCGUUACCACCCAAAAGUUGGCGAGGUGCGUGGUAUUCCGAAACUAACUUGAAUGAAUGUGGUAAAUCAAAAUCGCAAAUUGAAGUACGAAAAGCAAAGAAAAGUGCUUGGAAUG